UCAACUUCUUCUUCUCUCCAAUCCCCUUCCAUCAACCUCAAUGGCUCUCAUAAACCAUUUCUUCUACUUCUUCAUGGCGCUCGCCUUGCUCGAGAGCUCUCUCUGUCAUGGUGCACGCCAUCUCCUCGACACAGCCGCCACCCCCGAGUCACCGCCGGCUCCAUCAUUACCGUCAUUGCCGACUCUGCCAUCUCUCCCGCCGUUGCCCGCCGUGCCUUCCUUUCCUACGCUUCCUUUGCCUGCAAUUCCGACGGCCAUCCCCACCCUUCCAACCAUUCCCACGAUUCCAAACAUUCCAAAGCUCGCCUUCCCUCCAUUGCCAGCUUCCAUUCCCGGAAUCCCUUUGAGCAUUCCAUCAUUCCCAUCUAUUCCGUUCUUCUCAUCACCACCAGCUGCUAGCGAAAGCCCGUGAGAACAGAAGCCUGAGUUCAGCAGUUCAGCUAUGUUUUAUGUAUGUUUCUGUUUAUAUGAUUGGAUUACUGUGUUGUCGUUUUAGUCGCUGUAAGUCAUUUGUAUUUGAUAUGUUGCAUUGCUUGAUUGUUUGUCCUUUUUAUAUACAUGUUGUAAUUUUUUGGGGUUAAUUGGUUAUGUACGUGUCUUUGUCA